UUUAAUGUUUUAGUUUAUCAACGAAUCUCAACCACCGUGGAAGUGCGAAAGUGGUAAAAAAAAGAUCAGCGCCGACGCGAACGGAGAACGGAGAUUAUCGAGUCGAGACGAGACGUGUGUGGUUUUAGCUUGUUGGGUGACAAAGAUCAUAUAACCAGCCAAAAUGGAGGAUGAUGAGAAAAUGGACAUUAUGCGUAAAGCAUUCCAAAUGUUUGACACCCAAAAGACCGGUUUCAUUGAAACACUCCGCCUCAAGACGAUACUCAAUAGUAUGGGUCAAAUGUUCGAUGAGAGCGAAUUGCAAGAUCUCGUCGAUGAAAAUGAUCCCGAGGAUACUGGCAAAGUGAAUUUCGAUGGUUUCUGUAAUAUUGCUGCACAUUUUCUUGAAGAAGAGGAUACCGAAGCUAUACAAAAAGAAUUGAAAGAAGCUUUCCGUUUGUACGAUCGUGAAGGUAACGGUUAUAUUACCACAUCGACAUUGAAGGAAAUUCUCUCCGCAUUGGAUGAUAAACUCUCAUCAAGUGAUUUGGAUGGUAUUAUUGCGGAAAUCGAUACUGACGGUUCGGGCACAGUAGAUUUUGAUGAAUUCAUGGAGAUGAUGACUGGAGAUUAGAAUUUCUCGCAACUACAACUACAAUUACAAUUACGCGUACCUAUCAUCUACAUGCAUACAUAAUGAAGUAUAGAAAUGCAUAUAUGUAUAUAUGUGUAAAUACAUAUUUAAUGCAGUUAAAAUUAAAUGAAGCGAAGACUAAAACUGAGGAAACUGCUUUGGCUACGACAACAACAACAGCCAUAUGGAAAAAAUAAAAAUUAAAUUAAUAAAUACACGCUUAUACAUAUACAUAUAUGAAUUGUAAUGGAUCGAUAUGUUGUUUUCGUUGUUGUUUUCUUUAUUUUUGUUUUUCUGUUUUUUGUUUUGUCUUCACAAAUAUGUGUAUUAAAAUGAAAUUAAUUUUACAAGUGUAUAAAUAUAUUUAUUUGAAUAUUUAAAAUAUUAUAGGUCUUACAAUUGCAUAUGUACAUACAUACAUAUGUAUGAUUGUAUG